CGCCCUCCACACGGCCGCUCCCCGCGGGCGGGGCCAGCGGCGGUUGGGUGGGGGCGGUGGCAGUGGCGGCGUGGUGAGGAGCGGCGCGGCAGAGCAGAACAUAUCGCAACACGUCGCGAUGGCGGGCGAUCACUCUCGCAGCCUGGGCAAGGGUAGCGCGGCACCGGGGCCUGUGCCCGAGGGGGUGAUCCGGCUCUACAGCAUGCGGUUCUGCCCCUUCGCCCAGAGGACGCGCCUCGUCCUCCGCGCCAAGGGCAUCAGCCAUGAAAUAAUCAACAUUAAUCUGAAGAACAAACCUGACUGGUUCUUUGAGAAGAACCCCUUUGGGCUGGUUCCUGUUCUGGAGACCAGCAAGGGCCAGCUGAUCUAUGAGUCCCCAAUCACCUGCGAAUAUUUGGAUGAAGCGUUUCCGGGGAAGAAGUUGAUGCCUUCGGACCCAUAUGAGCGAGCCUUUCAGAAGAUGCUCUUGGAACACUUCUCAAAGAUAACACCCAUAGUUUUCAAGUAUUUUGUGGCAGUCAAAGAUGGACAGGACACCACAGCGCUGAAAGCAGAGAUUGCUGAAAAGUUUGGCAAACUUGAAGAGAUUCUGUCCAAACGCAACACUGUGUUUUAUGGUGGGGACACAAUCUCCAUGCUUGACUACAUGAUCUGGCCGUGGUUUGAACGUCUGGAACCAUUCCAGCUGAAGGACUCUUUGAGUCACACCCCAAAGCUCCAACGCUGGAUGGAGGCCAUGAAGGAGGACCCUGCUGUCAAGGCUACAAUGACUGACCCACAGACAUUCAAAGAUUACCUCCAGCUCUAUAUGAAGAACAGCCCUGAGGCAUGUGAUUAUGGGCUCUGAGGUGCCAGUAGGCACAUGCUUGCUGAAGUGUCAGUGCUGCUUUUCAGUGUGAGCUGUAGGAAUCUAGUGUAAUUUGGUGUGGGCUCUUCUGUGGUCGCAUUUCAUAAUGGGGAAUAAAUCUGUGCUGAGAAACCUUCUGUGAACUCCACUUCUUCCUGUCAGGAGGAGAAUGUGCUAGCUUCAGGCAGGAGAUGGAAAGUCAUUGCUGGCCGUGUGUAUCGCAUGAAGGAAAAUGUUGGCUUUACUCGGAGGUGAUGUUCUGUUAUCUCUGUCCUCUUUGCAGGCAUUGCUGGUGGGCAGUCCCUGAACUGACCCUGUUACUUGGUUUAAAAAUUGUAAUACUGAUGUCUUGAAAAUAAAUAAAAAGCAAACAACGUUGUCUUUAAACACAGUUUUUCCUUCCUC